AUGUCUGGUCGCGGUAAGGGUGGGAAGGGCCUGGGGAAAGGAGGUGCUAAGCGCCACCGCAAGGUUCUGCGUGAUAACAUCCAGGGCAUUACCAAGCCAGCUAUCCGACGCCUAGCUCGGCGUGGCGGGGUGAAGCGCAUCUCCGGCCUCAUCUAUGAGGAGACCCGCGGGGUGCUAAAGGUGUUUCUGGAGAACGUUAUCCGGGAUGCCGUUACGUACACUGAGCACGCCAAGCGCAAGACUGUCACUGCUAUGGACGUGGUCUACGCGCUCAAGCGCCAGGGACGCACUCUCUACGGCUUCGGCGGUUAGAGUUCCAUGGCUCGCACGAAGCAGACCGCUCGCAAGUCCACAGGCGGCAAGGCGCCGCGCAAGCAGCUGGCCACCAAGGCGGCCCGCAAGAGCGCGCCGGCCACGGGCGGUGUGAAGAAGCCGCACCGCUACCGGCCCGGCACGGUGGCCCUGCGCGAGAUCCGUCGCUAUCAGAAGUCCACGGAGCUGCUGAUCCGCAAGCUGCCGUUCCAGCGCCUGGUGCGCGAGAUCGCGCAGGACUUCAAGACCGACCUGCGCUUCCAGAGCUCGGCCGUGAUGGCGCUGCAGGAGGCGUGCGAGGCCUACCUGGUGGGGCUCUUCGAGGACACCAACUUCCAAAUAGUUUUCGGCAUGUCGGGUCGCGGCAAAGGUGGUAAGGGCCUUGGAAAAGGGGGCGCUAAGCGUCAUCGCAAAGUUUUGCGUGAUAACAUCCAGGGCAUCACGAAGCCCGCUAUUCGCCGUCUGGCCCGGCGUGGAGGUGUGAAGCGCAUUUCUGGUCUCAUCUACGAGGAGACGCGCGGGGUGCUGAAGGUGUUUCUGGAAAACGUAAUCCGGGACGCUGUCACCUACACAGAGCACGCCAAGCGCAAGACUGUUACCGCCAUGGACGUGGUCUACGCGCUCAAGCGCCAGGGACGCACUCUCUACGGCUUCGGCGGCUGA